UAUGAGAAGUUUAGAUGACCUCACUAAAAUUGAGAGCUUCUUCUGCAAUGGCAUUCUUAUCCACCCAAAGAUGUUGGUUCCUUAUUGCAGCUCUGAUCUCCAUAGCUGUCUCCUGCUGCAAAUCAGAAUUAGCAGGGAACGAUCCAAGUCAACUUGUUGCAAGAGCAUUAGAAUGCUUCAAUAAUGAUAAUAUUUAUAGCAGCUGCGAGGAAACUUAUCGAUUGCAGGCGAACGGAAACAUCAAUGUUCCUCCCGAAGCAACCGAUGAAUACUGCGACGGGCCUUGCCUGGAGGAGACAAAGCUUGUGCUCCAUUGCAUCAAUGGCAUCUUAACCAACUUCUUGUUUUAUAAUAAGGCCACUGUACAAGACAUAAGCGCUACACUCGAUGCAGGGUGUGGCCAAACCAGUGAAAGAGGGAACUUCAAUGUGGCAGAGCACAUUCAAGAUGAACAUAGCAGCAAUGCAUACAGCGAUAGAGCCCACCUGAUGUGCGUGUAUCUGUCUCUGUCCAUGUCCAUGCUCACACUCUUCUAUUUCUUUUUCUAGUAUAAUAAGUAUGUGUUCCAUCAAAGAAAAAUAUGCACUAGUUUUCUUUUGGGUGAAAUAAAAAUGUGUAUUCUUCAAUGAUUGUUUACAGAGAUUAUCUAAAUGACACCUCCAUAGGUGUAUAACAAAUUAUGUACUAGUUGAUGAUUAUAUAUGGAGACUAUUUAAUCCUUUAUAUAUAUA